AGAGGAAAGCGAGAGCGUGCUGCAGCUGAAGGGGCUCACGCCCACUGGAGCUUUGCCUCUUGGCGCGUUAUCUGGUGGCAAGACGUCCCUAAAAAACGCUCUCCAAGGUUUCUCGCCGAACCACAAAAUCACCUCGUUCGCCGAGGCAAAGGGUCUGGACGCUAUAAACGAAAGGAUGCCACCAAGAAAGGACGCCCCGCCCACACCGGUAAACGAGGAGAAGCCCGUGAUAAAGCCGCCGGCUCCUGCGGCAGACAAGCGAGACCACAACACACCGCAACCGCAAUCGUGAGCCUCACACUCGUCCAAUCAAGGUACACA